AUGAGAUCCCGCUCGUUGGGAAAAUCUAAUAACCAAGUGGAUCGCUUGGCAUCGCGAUUCCGAUCCCGAAGCUGGUUCCGUGCAGCCGCAGAUCGAGACGGCUCCAAAGCAAAUACCUUCGACGUCCAGUGUGUUGCCUCUUCACCCCAGCAGAGCUACCGUAUCAAUGUUGAGUGUCAACAGGUUCCCAGCCGUCUGCAAAGUAGUCAAGCGGCACAGAGACAGUGUGGCGGAAUUACGUACGUACUGUACGUCGUCGACCGCUGCCGUGCCGUGCCGAUUCGCUCUGCCUGCCUGCCUGCCUGCGUGGCCAUCGUGGCGGAAGGUCCAGACGAUCAAGAUGUCGCCCUGUCUGCUGUCCACUCGUGGGGCUCGGCUCGGUCGUAA